UCAGUUUUGAAUAGAUCGUUGGCAGGAGUGGUAGUGUGUACUGACCGCAGGAGCCGUGUGUAUCGCAAAAGCCUGUCCUUCGACGAACUCCUUUCGCGCGUUUGACGAACCGAGAACGAAUUAGUCUAAGUAGCCUGCGACCCUCGAGUUGUUGAAUUGCAGCCGGAUCGGUUCGAACAAUCUAUUGCAGAAAACGCAACGGUUUGAGACGCACAGCCUCUAGUUCAGAGCUGCAGGGAACAGUGCAGAAGCAACAACAUAUUUCCAACAGAAGAUUCGUUCACCUCUGCGGUUCAUAACCGAAGCGCUACAAGGUUAAAAAGCGACUUGUAGCUCCGUGGCAAACGAGUCAGUCAUCGUGGAAAUCAUAUCUUACGUUAAGACAGCCGGAAUCAAGCAGCAAUAAUACCAUGACAAUCAAUACCGAUGACCAGUACGGGGAUGGAGAGAAUAAAUCCACUAUCAGCUCCAGUCGGCGCUACAGCACGAGCAGCUACCAGGACCAAUCGUUGGAAGACGAUGGCAUCAACACAACGCUGACGAACGAUAAGGCGACGCUGAUACAGGUGUGGAAGCCGAAGAGCUACGGCUCGGUGAAAGGUCAGAUACCGCAGCACGAGCGGCUCACGUACACCUGGAAGGAGAUAGACGUGUUCGGCGAGGCGCCGACCGACACGAAAUCGCGCGAGCCGUUCUGCAGCCGGCUGCGCCACUGCUUCACCUCGCGCCAGCGCCGGGACUUCAACCCGCGGAAGCACCUGCUGAAGAAUGUGACCGGUGUCGCCCGGAGCGGCGAGCUGCUGGCCGUGAUGGGCAGUUCCGGGGCGGGCAAGACGACGCUGCUGAACGCGCUCGCCUUCCGCUCGCCGCCGGGCGUGAAAAUCUCGCCAAUCGCCGUCCGUGCCCUCAACGGGGUGCCGGUGAACGCGGAGCAGCUGCGGGCGCGGUGUGCGUACGUGCAGCAGGACGAUCUGUUCAUCCCGUCGCUGACGACGCGCGAGCAUCUGGUCUUCCAGGCCCUGCUGCGCAUGGGACGGGACGUGCCGGCCAGCGUGAAACAGCACCGAGUGCAGGAGGUGCUGCAGGAGCUGUCGCUGGUCAAAUGCGCCGACACCAUCAUCGGUGCGCCCGGCCGCAUCAAGGGACUGUCGGGUGGGGAGCGCAAGCGGCUCGCGUUCGCCUCCGAAACGCUCACCGAUCCACAUCUGCUGCUGUGCGACGAACCGACGUCCGGAUUGGACUCCUUCAUGGCCCACAGUGUGCUGCAGGUGCUGAAGGGGAUGGCGAUGAAGGGCAAGACGAUCAUCCUCACCAUUCACCAGCCGUCGUCGGAGCUGUACUGCCUGUUCGACAAGAUACUGCUGGUGGCGGAGGGCCGGGUGGCGUUCCUCGGCUCGCCCUACCAAUCGGCAGAGUUUUUCUCCCAACUCGGCAUUCCGUGCCCACCGAACUACAAUCCAGCGGACUUCUACGUACAGAUGCUGGCGAUCGCUCCGGCCAAGGAGGUUGAGUGCCGGGAAACGAUCAAAAAGAUCUGCGACUCGUUCGCGGUCAGCCCGAUCGCACGCGACGUGCUCGAGACGGCUUCGGCGGUGUCGGGUAAGACGGGCUCCGAUGAGCCGUACUUCCUGGGACCGGCUGAGGGCGUCGGUAGUACCGGCUACCGUUCGAGCUGGUGGACCCAGUUCUACUGCAUUCUCUGGCGAUCGUGGCUGAGCGUGCUGAAGGACCCGAUGCUGGUUAAAGUGCGCCUGUUGCAGACGGCGAUGGUGGCCACCCUCAUCGGAUCGAUCUACUUUGGCCAGGUACUCGACCAGGACGGCGUGAUGAACAUCAACGGCUCGCUCUUCCUGUUCCUCACCAACAUGACCUUCCAGAACGUGUUUGCCGUUAUCAAUGUGUUCUCCGCCGAGCUGCCAGUGUUCCUGCGAGAAAAGCGUUCCCGUCUGUAUCGCGUCGAUACCUACUUCCUCGGCAAGACGAUCGCCGAGCUGCCGCUGUUCAUUGCCGUCCCGUUCGUCUUUACCUCGAUCACCUACCCGAUGAUCGGGCUGAAGGCGGGAGCCACCCACUACUUGACAACGCUCUUCAUCGUGACGCUCGUUGCGAACGUGUCCACCUCCUUCGGCUACCUCAUAUCCUGCGCCAGCUCAUCCAUCUCGAUGGCGCUCUCCGUUGGGCCACCGGUGGUCAUUCCGUUCCUUAUCUUCGGCGGUUUCUUUCUCAACUCCGCGUCGGUUCCGUCGUACUUCAAGUAUCUGUCCUACCUCUCCUGGUUCCGGUACGCCAACGAGGCGCUGCUAAUCAACCAGUGGAGCACGAUUGUCGACGGUGAUAUCGCUUGCACCCGCGCCAACGUAACCUGCCCAAGGUCGGGUGAGAUCAUCCUCGAGACAUUUAACUUCCGCGUAGAAGACUUCACGGUCGACAUCAUCUGCCUGUUCGCACUCAUCGUACUCUUCCGUCUCGGUGCCUUGUUUUGCCUGUGGCUGCGCUCUCGCAGCAAGGAGUAAAAUUAGGAAUGAUAGUGCACUGGCGCGAGGAAGCACCCCCCAAAAAGCCGCCCUCCCUCCACCCACCACGUAUAAGCAUUUUUUUUCAGUCGUUUAUUAUGUUUUGUAUUUGUAAAAUAUGUGGCUUUUGUCUAUUUUUGUUGGUCUAUUGGCUCGUUCAACGCAAUCGAUUGCACGCCAACCAAUAUGUGCCUUUUUUAUUAGGUUUUAAAAGCACCAAAGCUUCUACAUAAACCCGUCAUCCGAUGGAAGACUAUAAGCAUGUAAUAAUCCUAGAA